UGCUGGUGCUUGUUUUUUCCACAAUAGACUACUAGUAUAUUGACUUUAUAUUGAGCAACACAAAUGUAGAGUAACCAUAGCGACGGAUUACAACGCCGAUUCGAACUUGGCGCGCUUGACGUCACGCUCUUGUGACCGAGAUUCGGUGCGUACUGACCUGGGAACGAGACCCGGCGACGUGAGGAGCAUAAUUGGGCGAUGUUGCCUACAGAUUUUCCUCCAAUUAUGGCAUAACUGAACGCCCUAAAGUGUGCCAACGUUGACUGAACAUUUACAAGGUACGGAGAGGUCCAGCUUCGUAAAUGACAGGACUAUUAACGUUAAGGGCGAGACUGCAACCAUUUUUUCAAGGAAGGGGGAGGGGGGCGUCCGUGCCACCAGACGACAUAUUACUGGACACACGAGGGACGUAAAUUUAUACUGCAAGGAUUCCAAGAGCACUUUGUUGACAAAAAGGAGCUUCUUCUAAUUCUGAGAACAUUCCCCCACGAUGGCUGAGCGGGUCAGCGUGCAAGAGAAGAUGGCGAGACUGCAACCAUUUUUCAAGGAAGAAACUGCGGGGGAGGGGGGCGUCCAUAUGCCACCAGACGACAUUUACUAGACUCACGAGGACGUAUGUUAUACUGCAAGGUUUCCAAGAGCACUUUACUGAUUUACUGACAAACAAGAAGCUUUCCUUCAUUCUGAAAACAUCGAAAACAUUCCCCCACGAUGGUUGAACGUGUCAGCGUGCAAGAGAAGAUCCCCUGCGUGUUUAGGACCGCCGUCUUGCAGAGACAGUCCUCCAAGCGGCAGGACCAGAGUUACCACGUCGGCGCACUGAACCAGCUCACCGCCCAGGCGCUCGAGGCGAACGUCCGGAAGUCCGCGGCGUCGGAAAAGGUGGACGGGACGUGCGUGUACGUGCAGGAGUUCCGGGGAAAACCCUGGCUGUGGGCCCGGCACGACGUCAAACCUAACAAACAGGCCGAGAAGAGGUUCAAGAGGUUCCAAAGCGCCCACCAGGCUUGGGAGAUGGGAGACAAGGAUGGUGCGGAGCCAACGUUCACCUGGACUGUGGAGAAGGACCUGAAGAAGCCGCCAGAGCACUGGGAGCCAGCGCGAGGGGUGCGAAGGAUCGACGGCCGCCUGCAGCCCAGCGCCAGCGGCCACAUUCCCGGCUGGGUUCCCGUGCUGAAGGACUCUCGUAGCCACUGCUGGCACCUGGCUUCCGCAGACUUAGACCGUGGCGUAGCAUUACUUCUCCGGAGGAGACAGGACGAUGGUAAGACGUUGGAAAUCACGCCGGUAAAACUCAAGGAACUGUUGGGGCAAACGCUGGAGCUUGUUGGCACGAACGUGAACGCGAAUCCGUACGGCCUGGGCGGCAAGAAGCGUCCGAUCCACCUCCUGGUGCCGCACGGCGCGCUGAAGUUCGACACGCCGCCGCCGUUCGAUCAUGAGGAACUGGCAGAGUGGUUCUCCACCCCCGCGGGUCAGGUGGAGGGCGUGGUAUGGAGCUGCAAUGACGGACAGCUCUUCAAACUGCACCGGCAUCACCUGGGUCUGCCCUGGCCCGUGGAGGAGCCCAGUCUCACCACUCUACCCGUGGUCGUCACCGUAGAUGGCAGACAGUACGAGUGGGACUUUCCAGAGACCUCCCAGUUUUACCUCUUUGGCAGGCUAAAAGGACAGCAGUUUGACAGUAUUAGAGCCGUGCAAUGGCUGGAAGAGAAUUAGUCCAAUUAGAAUCCUUCCCACAACUUUUGGUGUGUUGGGCAGUGCCUACCACCAUUUCUGUUGCCCAUGGGCCGCACAGUUGUACAAGCACUACAGCAGUUUGUGUUCAACUAACACUAAGCAAGCAGAGAAAGGCUAGAAGAGAAUGGUGUUUGUAAGUAAGCACUCCAUAUUAUGAAAUCUUGUACAAAUUCUGAGCUGUUGUGUUCAGUGUUUCAAGUGUGCAGAAAAGAACUAAAGGCCCUCCAACACUACAGGAACUACCAGUUGUUGACGGAAUAAGAAUAGUAAAGACAGUACUGGGCUGUCCUUGGUUAAAACUGUUUCUUAUUCAGAUGUAGAACUGCAGAUAAAAUCCUGAACAGCAAAAUUUGCUGUGCAUUGUGCCAAUAUCAAGCAGUUUUAUUGAAGAGAAUUUGUUGUACCAUGUAGUUUUAGCAUGGACCAAAAUAGCAAUGUGGACUAUUGUUAAUCUAAGCAUUAUCUCCAAGAAGAUGUAAGAAUCCCACUAAAGAUGUACAAAAUGUUGUAAAACACUGCAACUGAUCCUUAUAUCUGUUAGAGAUUUAUCCUAGCAUACUGUGACUUGCAUAUCUCAACUACUGUACAAUCUUUCUCCACAUGAAUGAAGAAAAUCAUUUGAACUGAAAGUGGUCUCUGCAAUUUUUUUCCCUUGUCUGAAAAAGUUUUAGGAGCUGCUAGAAGUGUAUGCAUUUUAUCUCCUACUAGUCCUAGCAUUCCAACAUGUACACAGAUCAUGGAUAUCAGUGGAUGUUUUAACUAGAUUGCAGUUGUGUUCAGACAUUACAACCUACUUACAAGGAGAUUGUGACAUAUUUCUUGUUUACUGAUCAAAAGGUCUAGUUGAAAUUCAGAGCUGAGGUAUAGACUUCCCUGUGAACAUAACCAAACUGGUAGCAUGAUGUAAGCUGGGUUAUGCGUCUCUUGAUCUCACCAUUAGAAGUGCAAUGUAGUCAAGGCCACAUAUGAUGUACCGGUAUCCACAUCACAAUAGCCUACUAGAGUUGUUUAUAAAACACACUAGUGCUCUUGCUUGUUUACACAUACAU